AUGCGACUGUGGCUCGGCACCUUUGACACCACCGAGGACGCAGCGCUCGCCUACGACAAGGCCGCCUUCCGCCUACGUGGCGGCAUGGCACGCCUCAACUUCUCGUCCCUCCGCCACGACGGCUCUCACCUCACCGGCCCGCUCCACGCUUCCGUGGACGCCAAGCUCACCGCCAUCUGCCAGUCACUAGCGGGGUCCAAGAACGGCUCCUCCGUCGAUGAGUCGGCCGCGUCCCCGCCGGACUCCCCCAAGUGCUCGGUGUUGAUGAAGGGGGAGGAGGAGUCAUGGAGCUCGCGCGCGCGUCUUGGGAGCAUGUGA